CUACCAGCCAAGAAGAGACGCAAAGUGCUUGAAGCCAGGAUGCCAUAUGCACUCCCUGUCCAAGGUCCCCCAGGUGUAAGCCUGCAGAAUGCCCAGGAGUGGUCUCCCAACGCUGCCCAGGCAUCUGUGCUGGGCGGAGCUGUCUACUCCACUCCACCCACAUGGGAGGUUCCCAGCCCGCUCUAUGGCUCCUGGGAUUCUGGGGUUCGAGGUGCUCAAGAGGCACCGAGCUAUGCUCUGGAGAAUCAAGGGAACGUAGGAGGUGGAUCUUUUCCCCGUGGCGUUCCAGGAGCAAGGUUUAUUCAUUCUUUUUCAUCUGCACCGUAUUUUGGGAGUUCCAGGUCAGAGAUGAGGGUCAUGCAGCCUGAUUGGCCUUCCCUGCUACCCGGUGUCCCCAGUGCUCAGGGAGCGAUGCAACAGCUGCAGGAGCAGAAGAGCUCUCUUCGUUACCCACCAUGUGAAGAGUGGCAGCAGAAUGGCUGGGGAACGCACCCUCAGCAGCCCCAGCAGCCUCCGGAUUACUGGCAGGAGCUGCCCUCCCAGGACCAGUUUCCAAUGCAGCAGAAUCACAACAGCGCAGAGAACGGGGUGCCUUUUCCUCUGUCCCAGCAGCAGCCUGGAGAUCGUGAAGGUGAUGGAGAGCUCAUGUUCUUGCAGGUGUUGAGCACAGCUCUGCGGGUACUCAGUUCUCCAACAGAACCUCACGAGCAAGAUACGCAGCAAGGUGGUGCCCGAGAUGCCCAGUUCUGAAAUCCAGGACA